CAGAAAAUGCAGAUCAUCGUGAAGACUCUGACCGGCAUCACCAUCACCCUCGAGGUGAGACCAUCCGACACGAUCGACGACGUGAAGGCGAAGAUCCAGGACAAGGUAGGCAUCCGCUCCGACCAGCAGCACCUCGUCGACGUCUCCGCCGGCAGCAAGCAGCUCGACGACGGCGGCAGCACCCUCGCCGACUACGACAUCCACGACGAGUCCACGCUUCACCUCGUGCAAAUGCAGAUCUUUGUGAAAACCCUGACCGGCAAGUCCAUCACCCUUGAGGUGGAGUCAUCCGACACAAUCGACAAUGUGAAGGCGAAGAUCCAGGAUAAGGAGGGUAUUCCCCCGGACCAGCAGCGCCUCAUCUUCGCUGGCAAGCAGCUCGAGGAAGGACGCACCCUUGCUGACUACAACAUUCAGAAGGAGUCGACCCUCCAUCUUGUCCUCCGUCUCCGUGGUGGCCUGUGGAUCUUCGUCAGGACGGUGACGGCCGGACCGCUCGCCGUCGAGGUGAACCCGUGGGACACCGUCGGGAAGGUGAAGGCCAAGAUCCAGGCUAAGGGGGGCAUCCCGGCGGCGCAGCAGCGGCUCAUGUUCGCCGGCCGGCACCUCGAGGACGGCCGCACCCUCGCCGAGUACGGCAUCAAGAAGGAGGCCAACCUGCACCUCGCCCUCCGCCUCCGCGGCGGAGGCGCUGCCGGCGGCGGCGGCGACGCGCGUGCGGCUGACUCCGGCGGCUGGGGUCACUGGGCGACCACCGUCGGCCUCUUCGUCACCAUGGUUUCCCUCGCCGUGGCGGUGAACGCCGGCGACGCUGGCGACCUCCAACUCUUCUUUCUUUGGGCACUUGCUGUUGCCGGAGUUAACCUGAUCACCGCCGGCGUCUACCUCUCCAGCAGAGACGACGUGAGCCGGAGCUGCACCGUAGUGCUCGCCAUGGCGGCUGCGUUCGCUCGUCGGAAUUUGGCCGUGUUGGGUACCAUCGCCGCGUCGUCGGCAGCGACCGGAGUCAUGUUCAGCGCCACGCAACCGGUGCUCUGCUUCUUUUUCUUCGCUCUGUUUGUUUCCUCUCUUUCUCUUGUCACAAACCACUGUUGCUGAUGGACACAACUACUCCCCCGUAAAAAAAAAAAAAACAACUCAACCUGUGACCCCUACUAAACUACUCCCUCCGUCCCAUAAUAUAAGGGAUUUUGAGUUAAUUCAAAAAAAUUUUAGAAUUAUUAUUUACUUUUUUGUGACUUACUUUAUUAUCCAAUCCAAAGUACUUUACGCACAACUUUUCGUUUUUUAUAUUUGCAUAAAUUUUUUGAAUAAGACGAGUGGUCAAACACUACAAGCAAAAACUCAAAAUCCCUUGUAUUAUGGGACGGAGGGAGUACUAUGAAUACAAAGGGUCACAUCCCCUCUUAAGUUAAAUUUAUUUAGCACGGAAAGAGUACACAAGAGCUUGUUUUUUGAUAUAAUAUAUAUAUAUUUUUCUUAUUUUCUAUCUGAUAGUAAGUUUAAUAGUAGGCUAUAAGUUAAUUAUAAGCUUAUGAGAAAGAGAGAAAAAUAAAGAAAAUGAAAAGUAUUGUCUGUCUUGUCUAUAAGCCGGUAAUAUGAUCCUCGUUGUUGUCUUGUCUAGUUGGGCUGUAACUAUGCAUGAGAUAUGCUAGUGAAUAUAAUAUGUGUGUUUAUCA